UCUUCCCACCACAUGGCACCAUCAGUUAUAUACACACGUAUCACACUCUCACAUUUCCAAUGCUUAUCUGUCCUAUCAUAACCACACCACAAUGCAGGCUCCAACAACACUCACGGGAUUGCUCCACCGCGUCGCCGGAAUAUUCCCUUCCCACCAUGCCGUCUCUGUCUCAGGCAAAUUCCAACUCACACACUCCCGCCUCCACCACCUUGUCGAACGCGCUGCCGUACGCCUCCUCUCCGCCGGCAUCAAACCCGGCGAUGUCAUCGCACUCACCUUCCCCAACACCGUCGAGUUCAUUAUAACGUUUCUGGCCGUUAUUCGAGCGCGAGCCACGGCGGCGCCGUUGAACGCGGCUUACACGGCGGAAGAGUUCGAGUUUUAUUUAUCCGACUCGGAGUCAAAGCUGUUAAUAACAUCAAAAGAAGGGAACGAGCCGGCUCAAGCCGCGGCUUCCAAGCUUAGCAUUCCGGUAUCAACAGCCUCACUCGACGAAGCAGAAGCCGAAGAGCUCAGUCUCUCUCUGAGUUACACCGAGUCAUCGACCGCCUCGAUUUCCGAACUCGUUAACGACGAGGCCGACGUGGCAUUGUUCCUCCACACUUCCGGCACCACGAGCCGCCCCAAGGGCGUGCCGUUGACGCAGAACAACUUGGCCUCGUCGGUGGAGAACAUCAAGUCCGUGUACAAACUCACUGAGUCUGACUCGACCGUCAUCGUUCUCCCAUUGUUCCACGUCCACGGGUUAAUCGCCGCGUUGCUGAGUUCACUAGCCGCCGGAGCCUCCGUGACGCUCCCGGCGGCGGGGAGGUUCUCCGCCUCCUCGUUUUGGAGCGACAUGUUGACGUACAACGCCACGUGGUACACCGCGGUUCCUACGGUACACCAAAUAUUGUUGGAGCGUCAUUUGAAAACCCCGGAACCGGUUUACCCGAAGCUCCGGUUUAUUCGGAGCUGUAGUGCCUCGCUUGCACCGGUUAUAUUGGAGCGGUUGGAGGAGGCGUUUGAGGCACCGGUUUUGGAGGCUUAUGCUAUGACGGAAGCGUCGCAUUUAAUGUCGACGAAUCCAUUACCCGAAGAUGGGCCUCAUCGGGCCGGGUCCGUUGGAAAGCCCGUGGGCCAGGAAAUGGCAAUAUUAGGCGAGAAGGGUGAGAUUCUAAAGAAUGAUGUGAACGGUGAGGUUUGUAUUAGGGGACCCAAUGUUACCAAAGGGUAUAAAAAUAACCCUGAUGCGAAUAUUUCUGCCUUUGAAUACGGGUGGUUCCACACUGGUGAUAUCGGGUUUUUUGAUUCGGAUGGGUAUUUGCAUCUGGUGGGUCGGAUCAAGGAGCUUAUUAACCGUGGAGGGGAGAAAAUAUCACCAAUAGAGGUGGAUGCUGUCCUUCUAUCUCAUCCAGAAAUCGCCCAAGCAGUUGCAUUCGGAGUUCCAGAUGAUAAAUAUGGCGAAGAGAUAAAGUGUGCGAUAAUCCGAAAAGAAGGAUCAAAGAUAGAUGAGGCAGAGGUGCAGAGAUUUAGCAAGAAGAAUCUUGCAAGCUUCAAAGUCCCUAAAAAGGUAUUCAUCACUGAUUCUUUACCCAAGACCGCCACUGGCAAGAUUCUGAGACGUCUUGUAGCACAACACUUCAUUUCUCAAACUUGAGCUGUGGAGCCCAAACACCAACUUUCCCAAUAAACUUUUCAUUGUAUUAGCUUAUGGCCAACUUCCACCUUCCUUCCAAAUUUGCUUUCAUAUUUCUUCUGUUUCGUUUGGCCUUUCUCUUAAUAGGGUGAUGGAUUGAUUCGAUGGGUUAUUUGCUAAA